AUGGUUGAUGCUAAGAACGCACAGCCGCUUAGUGACGUGAACGACACGUCCACGGCCAUUUUGCGCAACAAGAAAUCGCCCAACCGUUUGUUUGUGGAAGAAUCUACUACGGACGAUAACUCGGUGGCGACUAUGUCGCCCGCGAAAAUGGAUGAGUUGGGGCUUUUCCGCGGCGACACGAUUUUGAUUCGUGGCAAAAAGCGUCACGAUACGGUACUGAUUGUACUUUCCGACGAAGAGACGGAGGACUCCAAGAUUCGUCUGAAUCGCGUUGCGCGAAACAACUUGCGCGUCAAGCUUGGUGACCUGGUCAAUGUGCACGCAUGCAACGAUAUCAAAUACGGCAAGCGCAUCCAUGUUUUGCCGUUUGACGACAGCGUGGAAGGACUGCAGGGCAAUCUGUUUGACGUCUACCUGAAGCCAUACUUCCUCGAAGCGUACCGCCCCAUCCGCAAGGGUGACACGUUCGUCGUGCGCGGUGGUAUGCGUGCCGUCGAAUUCAAGGUCGUCGAAACGGACCCUGCGGAGUACUGCAUUGUGGCGCAGGACACAGUAAUUCACACCGAAGGCGACCCCGUGAAGCGCGAGGAUGAAGAAGCGAAUUUGAACGAUGUUGGCUAUGACGAUAUCGGUGGAUGCCGCAAGCAGAUGGCACAGAUCCGCGAGAUGGUGGAGCUUCCUCUGCGUCAUCCCCAGCUGUUCAAGAGCAUCGGUAUCAAGCCUCCGCGUGGUGUGCUUAUGUUUGGCCCGCCAGGCACAGGUAAGACGCUCAUGGCACGCGCUGUUGCCAAUGAGACGGGUGCCUUCUUCUUUUUGAUCAAUGGCCCCGAGAUCAUGAGCAAAAUGGCGGGUGAGUCCGAGUCGAACUUGCGCAAAGCAUUUGAGGAGGCAGAGAAGAAUUCGCCAGCUAUCAUCUUUAUUGACGAGAUCGACUCAAUUGCGCCGAAGCGUGAAAAGACCAACGGCGAGGUGGAACGGCGUGUUGUUUCGCAGCUCUUGACACUCAUGGACGGCCUCAAGGCGCGCUCCAAUAUUGUCGUCAUGGCCGCCACCAAUCGUCCCAACUCGAUCGACCCUGCCUUGCGCCGGUUCGGCCGCUUUGAUCGCGAGGUGGACAUUGGCAUCCCCGACCCAACGGGCCGCAUGGAAAUUCUGCGCAUUCACACCAAGAACAUGAAGCUUGCUGAGGACGUGGAUUUGGAAAAGAUUGCUGCAGAGACUCACGGUUACGUUGGAUCCGAUGUUGCAUCUCUUUGUUCCGAGGCUGCAAUGCAGCAGAUUCGUGAAAAGAUGGAUUUGAUUGACUUGGACGAGGACUCGAUCGAUGCCGAGGUGCUCGACUCGCUUGGCGUUACCAUGGAAAACUUCCGUUUCGCCCUCGGCGUUUCGAACCCCUCUGCACUUCGCGAGACGGUCGUCGAAGUUCCCACCACGACUUGGGAAGACAUUGGUGGCCUCGACAAGGUCAAGCUCGAGCUGCAAGAAACGGUCUCGUACCCCGUCGAGCACCCCGAAAAGUUUGCCAAGUACGGUCUUAACCCUUCCAAAGGUGUCCUCUUUUAUGGCCCGCCUGGUACUGGUAAGACGCUUCUGGCCAAGGCGAUUGCACACGAGUGCCAAGCCAACUUUAUCUCGAUCAAAGGCCCGGAGCUGCUUACCAUGUGGUUCGGCGAGUCGGAGGCGAAUGUGCGCGAUGUAUUUGACAAGGCGCGUGCUGCUGCCCCCUGUGUCAUGUUCUUUGAUGAGUUGGACUCUAUUGCCAAGGCGCGUGGCGGCGGCGGCGGCGAUGCUGGCGGCGCUGGCGACCGUGUGAUUAACCAGAUCCUCACAGAGAUGGACGGUAUGAAUGCAAAGAAGAAUGUGUUUGUGAUUGGCGCUACGAACCGUCCCGAGCAAAUUGACCCUGCCAUUCUCCGCCCCGGCCGUCUCGACCAGCUGAUCUACAUCCCCUUGCCAAACGAAGCCUCGCGCCUGGAUAUCCUCCGCGCGACGCUGAAGAACUCGCCGAUUGCCAAAGACGUGGAGCUUAGCUUCCUUGCAAAGCACACGCAUGGCUACUCUGGCGCAGACUUGUCUGAAAUUUGCCAACGCGCAGGCAAACUUGCUAUCCGCGAGUCGAUCGAAGCUGACAUGCGCCGCGAAGCUGAGCGCAAAGGCCGCGGCGAGGAUGUCAAGAUGGAAGAGGAAAUCGAGGUGGAAGACGACCCCGUUCCUGAAAUCACAGCCGCCCACUUUGAGGAGGCGAUGCGCUUUGCGCGCCGCUCCGUGUCCGAUGCAGAUAUCCGCCGCUACGAAAUGUUUGCGUCGACCAUGCAGCAGAGCCGUGGCAACUUUGGCGGCGGCGGUGGCUUCAAGUUCCCAGCCGGCGGCAUCGACGAGGCUGAGCAGCAAACGGGCUCGCAAGCUGCUUCCAGCCAAGCCGCGCCUGCCGCAUUCGGUAAUGACGAGGCAGACGACGACCUGUAUGCAUGA